CAUGCCGUCAUCACUGGAUUGCAAGGUGUAUGUGGGAGAUCUUGGGUCAGGGGCAUCUAAACAGGAACUGGAGGAAGCUUUCUCCUACUAUGGACCCCUGAGAAAUGUUUGGGUGGCCCGCAACCCCCCUGGCUUUGCUUUUGUUGAGUUUGAAGAUGUUCGUGAUGCAGAAGAUGCUGUGAGGGGUCUUGACGGCAGGACAAUAUGUGGCCGACGUGUCCGUGUAGAGCUGUCAACAGGCAAGUCCCGCAACAGAUUCAGGGGCCCGCCACCUCGCCGUGGACGACCCUUCCAUCCAGAGGAUCGCUGCUAUGAGUGUGGGGAACGUGGCCAUUAUGCUAGGGACUGUUAUAGGUACAGCCGGCGAUACUCAAGAUACUCCAGGUCAAGAAGUAGGAGCCGAAGCCCUCGUCGCCGAAGAUCCUACACCCGCUCUCGGUCCCGCUCACGAAGUAGGACCAGGGACCGCUCACACUCCAGGGACCGAAGUCGAUCUAGGGACAGGUCCAGGUCCCGCUCCCGUUCCAGAUAUCGCAGCCGUAGUCGCACUCGGGAGAGGUCAAGAACACCUUCAAGAGACCGAGACCGUGAGAGGGAACGCUCACGCAGCCCAGAGGACAGAGGUGACCGGAGCAGGUCCAGGACACCCAUGGAGAAUGGUAGCCCUAAGAAGGAUGAAGACACCAAUGAGUGAUCUAUGCAACAUCCUAAAAGUUUUCACACUGUAUCACAUUAAUUUUGUACUUUCCAUAAAUGUUUGAUUCAUUUGUAGUUUGUAAUGAUGUGUAUCCAAGUGCAGUAAAAUAAUCACCAUGUGGGUGUGCAAGCAUCAAAUACUGAGAAGGAAAAAAUAUUUUGAUUCAUUGUAUUAGUACUUGGUUUACUGAAGAAAUUGUAUGGGUUUCUGUUUUAAUAAACUUGAAAUGAUA